AUGUUGAACGGCUAUGCCAAUCAAUCCAGAGUUCAAACUCCGCUCCUUGUCCAUCCCGCUGCUUGGUAUCAGGCAGGCCUCAGCUUUGGCGCAUUCUUCUCUCUUAUGUCCUCAUUGUUUGCCUACGGGGACUCUUUACUACCGCAAUCCACUCGAACCGGUAUGAAUAAACAGAAGGCCAGAAAGAGCUUUGGAGAAGUUGGAGCAUUGUUUGCCGGAAUAGAAUGUGUGACUGAAGGUGCUUUGUUGCUGGAGGUGUUCUUGUGUGAAAUUCGAGACCUAAAGCUGCUCUUGGUGGCGGAUUGGCAUUUGUUGCAUUCUCCGCAGCCAUAG